UGAUUAGUUAGUCCAUACUCCGCAGCAAUAGGGGGCGGCAUGUAUGUACAACUUGGUUGCGACUGCCCACAACUUUAUAGUAGAGUAAUCUGGUAGACCGUGCAGUCAGACAAUCUCUGGUCGAGUAAAGCAAGGUAGACAGCUGGUGGAAACCAUAUUUUUGGUGUAUCACGCAAUUUCACACCAGACAUACUAGCUGAAACACCAACGAUGGCGGAUGAGAUUUCGAAAAAUGCCGACAAACUCUCUGUAGGGGAGCUCUACGUGUCUGCUAAGCAAGGCAAUGAUGAGGCCGGGGAUGGAACAGAAAAGAAGCCAUUCAAAACACCACUGAAGGCUUUAUCGUUUGCUGGGAAGGAGCCAUUUCCAACCAUUUAUGUGGAUUCACAAAAGGAGGGAGAGAGAUGGGCAGUGAUUUCCAAAACCCAAAUGAAAAACACGAAGAAGAUGUGGCAGAAGGAACAGGUGAAGAGUGAUGCCAAAGACAAGAAAGAGGCAGAAGAUGCAGAGAGACGAGAGAAGAAUCUUGAAGAGGCAAAGAAGGUGGUCAUUGAGCAGGACACAAGUUUACCAGAGCCGAAAACGGUUAAAAUCCGCAAUUUGGAACCACUCCGAGGGCAGCGGGUGAAGGUGUUUGGCUGGGUGCACCGACUGCGUAGGCAGGGAAAGAAUUUGCUGUUCAUUGUGUUAAGAGAUGGAACGGGGUUCCUGCAGUGUGUGCUCACAGAUGCACUGUGUCAGUGUUACAACGGCCUGGUCCUGUCAACUGAGAGUACGGUUGCCCUGUAUGGUACUGUGCAGCCCGUCCCUGAAGGGAAGCAGGCUCCUGGAGGCCAUGAGCUCCACUGUGACUUCUGGGAGCUGAUAGGUCUAGCCCCAGCAGGGGGCGCUGAUAACCUGCUGAACGAGGAGUCUGACGUGGACGUGCAGCUCAACAACCGGCACAUGAUGAUCCGUGGUGAGAACGUGUCCAAGAUCCUGCGGGUUCGCUCCAUUGUCACACAAUGCUUCCGGGACCACUACUUCAGCCAUGGAUACUAUGAGAUCACUCCCCCCACUCUGGUGCAGACCCAGGUAGAGGGCGGAUCCACACUGUUCUCCCUGAACUACUUUGGGGAGGAUGCAUUCCUGACCCAGUCCUCUCAGCUCUAUCUGGAGACCUGCAUCCCCGCUCUGGGGGACACCUUCUGUAUCGCCCAGUCCUACCGUGCCGAGCAGUCCCGCACACGCCGACACCUGGCUGAGUAUAGCCACAUUGAGGCUGAGUGUCCCUUCAUAAACUUUGAAGACUUGCUGAGCCGCCUGGAGGACCUGGUGUGUGAUGUGGUGGAUCGUGUCCUCAAGUCUGAAGCUGCUCAGCUGCUCUAUGAUGUCAAUCCAGAUUUCAAACCCCCCAAGCGGCCGUUCAAGAGGAUGAACUACACAGAGGCCAUUGAGUGGCUGAGAGAGCAUGAUGUCAAGAAAGACGACGGAACCUACUAUGAAUUUGGAGAGGACAUCCCUGAAGCCCCAGAGAGGCUGAUGACUGACAGCAUCGGCGAGACUAUUCUGCUGUGUCGCUUUCCUGCAGAGAUCAAGUCUUUCUACAUGCAGCGAUGCCCAGAGGACCGCCGUCUCACUGAGUCGGUUGAUGUGCUGAUGCCUAAUGUUGGGGAGAUUGUUGGAGGGUCGAUGCGUAUCUGGGACUCUGAGGAGCUGCUGGAAGGCUACAAGAGAGAGGGCAUUGAGCCAUCUCCCUACUACUGGUACACUGAUCAGAGGAAAUUUGGAACAUGCCCUCAUGGUGGGUAUGGUUUGGGCCUGGAGCGUUUCCUGACCUGGCUUCUGAAUCGCCAUCACAUUCGGGAUGUCUGUCUAUACCCCCGCUUCAUCCAGAGGUGUCGGCCUUGAAAAGCCUCCACAGACAAUCUGGGAAGCCCAGCAAACAAGCCACCACAGAAAGCCACAAUCUUCUGCUGCACUGCAAUGUUCUUACCUAAUUUAAGAUACAAAAUAUUUAACCCCUGCCUACCAACACCCAAUUCACAUCUGUUAGCCAUGUAAUGGCACACAUUCUGCUAGCAUUUGUUCUACUUGUUCUGGAGAGAUGGUGUUCUGAGCCAUGAUGUAUCUACACGCUGACACAAUAAACAUGGAAUUUAACAUGCA